AUGUACGCGCGGAAGCGCGAUUUGUCUGUAUCUGGAGUACAAGGAAGGAGGAAAACUGGAAAGGGGAGUGAUGGCGGUAACGAAAUGACAAGUUCGGGAGUAUAAAUUACACAAGAGUUGCAUUAUGAGGAGCCUUCAGCACCUAGGAUGAAGAAACAAGUAUCGUAAGAGAUGACCACCACAUUACGCAUGAUUUAGACUCCCUGACCAAGACGCCGAAUAAUCUGAGGGAUCCGUGUCACUGGUCGACUGAGAACAACAAUAGGGGAACAAGAAACACUCAGAAGUUUAACUUCUAUCGCCUCUUCCCAAGAUACUCCCAGUAAAUAUUUGAAAAUGAUAAAAGCCGAGAGCAAAGGAGAAAGGGCACUGAGGAGUGCGUCCCCGCAUAGAAAUGCUUACAAGUCGGACUUCCACGCUAUUAAGUGUACUUUUGAUGGGACGAAAUCGGACGGUGCUGCAAAGUCAUAUGCAAAUGGCUCUAACGACACACAGGAGGACACGAGGGGGAGGCAUUUAGGCAAUCGGAUAAACAAGAUAAAGAAUAUUUUCCUCCAGAUGGAUGGCCAGCAACAAGAGAUUCAAGAGGUGAAAACAACGUUGAAAGCUGAUUUGUCCCAGGUCUCCCCACCAAAUGUGCCAUUUGCAGUCACCACACACAAAACAAGUUUGAGCUGUGCCACUAGCCCAGAAUCUCCAAGUCUAGACAAAACCCCCAAGGGAGAAGAUGUCGAAGUUGACAAAACAGCUUUGGCAGAGAAGUUCUCUUCGACCAGGAAACUCUUUGAGAGGACUAUCAAAGAACAACCCGCAGCGGAGAAGUCUCCCAACAGAGUUGUAACCCGGGUGCCCCUGGGCAGUGUGUCUGAUGGGGGGAAAAGUACCAGGAGAUUGUCAGGGUCCACUGAAACUAGCAACAUCAAAACAGAGCCUGGUCCCACUCCAGUGACGAGAAGCCAGCCAGAUGAGAGGAGCGAUACUGAGGAGACUAAACAUGUGUCCAGGGUGUCACUGAAAGCUGGACCCAUGUCCAGACGGCUAGACAACUUCAUUGUGGACUGUGACAAUGAGGCAAAAGCCACAGAGAUGUUGUCUAAAGUGUGCAGUCUCUCAGAUCGCUCAAUGCCUACAUCUCCGACAAGGGACAGUUUUAACAAAUCCACCAUUCCAACUAAUGAUGCCACUAACAAACCUACCUCCAUAGUUACCGGUGUCAUUCUCAAACCAACUUCCCCAUUCAAUAACACUACUCACAAAACAUUCCCAACAACAGCCAAUGCCACUCCAAAGCCCAUCUCCCCAGAGCACGUAUCCCCAGGUGGCCAAAGCGCUUACAAGCGCUCCCCCUCAACCAGUGAUGCUUUCAGUAGACCAUCUGUGGGUAGCGACGGAGUAAAACCCUCCAGUCCACCCCCCAGGGAUCAAAAACAGCCUUCUGUGUUUGCCAAUAGCUUUUACAGUAGCAACAGGGCCAAAACCUCCAACAGUGCCAAGAGUGAUGGGCAUGUGGCACGGAGUCCCACCAGGGAAAAGCCACCUACCCAGGCCUCGUCUCUGCCUGGCACGGUCCGGGCUGAGCUCGUAGUGGUACAGAAUGAGUCAUCAGAGAGCGAGGAGAACGAAGAGGAGAAUAUUGAAGACGAUGUUUUUGAGGAAGUGCAUGUUCAACCCCCAAAGGAGAUCAAAGUUGAGCUAAAAGAAUCGCCACCAAAGGCGAUCAGUCAGAAGGAUGACCACCAUCAGCCGAUCUCAGAGAAAGAUGACGGCAAGGAGACAGAGAUUACACUGGAGAAGGAAGAAGGAAGUCGAUUUGAGGAGUCACGGCAUGAAUUGAAAGAGGAGUGGAGAGAAGACACGAAUCCUGUAAAUCAAACCGCGGAUUACGAGGAGGAAAAUGCAGAGGAGGUUGCUGAGGAGGAACAGGGCAGAAGGGGCAAGAUUUCCCCAGUGGCAUAUGGUAGAGAGAACACAGCAUUUGUGGAUGAUGGGGAUACUGACCAGACCCCCGAGGAGGAGAAUGAAGAGCAGCUCUGUGAGGAGGAGUAUGAGGAGGCCCCUGGGCUUUCAGAUGAUGAGGAGGAACCGGAACCACUGAGGAAGAUCAAGUUUUCAACGUCACCGAUACGGGUGUUCAGCACCUACUCUAACGAGGAUUACGACCGGCGCAACGAUGAGGUGGACCCCGUGGCGGCGUCUGCUGAGUACGAGCUGGAGAAGAGGGUGGAGAAGAUGGACGUGUUCCCUGUGGAAAUUGAAAAGGGAGACAACGGCCUGGGCAUCAGUAUCAUAGGGAUGGGAGUGGGAGCUGACCAGGGCUUGGAGAAACUAGGAAUCUUUGUGAAGACCAUAUCUGAGCGUGGAGCAGCUGAACGGGAUGGCAGAAUCCAGGUGAAUGACCAGAUAGUGGAGGUGGAUGGGAUCAGUCUGGUAGGAGUGACCCAGCUGUUUGCUGCUACAGUUCUGAAGAACACUAAAGGAACAGUCAGCUUUCUGAUUGGCCGGGAGAAGCCGGGGACGCAGAGCGAGGUGGCACGUCUGAUCAGUGAGACCCUGGAGCAGGAGAAGAGUGAGCAGCAGCACCUGGACGACCCCUAUGAACAGUCCACUGAGGAGGAGGAGCACUAUGAGGAAGAGGAGGGAGAGGAGGGAGGUAUCCUAGGGUCUAGUUUCUCCGGCGGAAGGACAGUGGAGGUGUUUGACCUGCCGAAGACCGAGGCCAUGUUCAUGCCCUCCAACGUGGACUCCACACAGAUGGGCUUCAAAUUCAAGGAGCUCCAGCUGAAACACAACACAGCAACAGCUGAAAUAAACCAACUGAAGGAAAAGCUAAGGGUGUCUGAGGAGGACAAAGCAUCCAGGGAGUCCAUGGAGGUUGAUUUGGAGCAGAAGAUUGAGGAGAAUAACGAGAAGAUGUUGAAGCUGGAGAAGUACUGGCUGGAGGCCCAGGCUCUGUGUAAAACUGUCAACAAGCAACUGUCGGAGACCCAGAGCCAGUACGGGACACUGGACAAGAAAUACAACAAGGCCAAGAAACUGCUCAAAGACUACCAGCAGAAGGAGAUUGACUUUGUGAAGAAGGAGGAGGAGAUGAGGAACGUUCUAGAUGAGAAGGAUCGAUGGUACAAGGAGCAGCUUGAAAGCCUGCAGGACAGGAUAGCGGUCCUAGAGGGCAGCGGUCCACCUGCUGACCAUGAAGAGACCCAGGCGGGUCAGGACUCUGCUGUGGAGAGAAGACGGAGCAGCCAGGGGAGUGAAGGCCCUCUCAUCAACACACAGUCAGUGGACUCUCUAGCGCUGGAUGCAGACUGGAGCGAGCUGGUUCCAGAGACUGAGCGCUUGGACACCAGUGCACACAAAGCCAAGUGCCUACUGGCCCCAAGGAGGAAUCGUCCGUCUCGCAACAAACGGAAGGAGAACCUCGUCAUGUCCCCUUGCCACUCACAGGAGAACGAGGAGGAGGAGGAGGACUCUGCCAGCAGGAAGAGGUGCAUCCAGGAGAGCCUGUCCCUGCCCGGGCCCAUCUGCUGUCCUAGGAACGGCCAGAGGGACGACACCCCCGAGGCUGCGGAGAGAUCCAGGAGCAAGUUGAAGCUCUCCAGCAGCCCCUCCCUGCCCGCGUCCCAGAGAGAUAGUGUCGAAAGCGGGGGCAGUCCUUCCCUGUCCCCGCCGAAAGACACCUCUUCGCCCUCGCCACACUCCCCCUCAGGGUUCCUUCGCAACGUCAAGAAGAGGGAGUCCAAGGGGAAGGGCAAGGAGCUCAAAGAUGAGACAAAUGAGAGUUCUUCCGUCGGAAAACCCAAAAAGACGAUUUUUGGUGGCCUUCGGAAGUCUGGUGGCAAAGGGAAGAAACAUGACAAGGAGGCGAUGCGAGCAUCUCUGGACAGCAGGGGUUCUGCCGAGCUCCUGGAGGAAUCUGGGGGAAACUUGUCCCCUUCUGAGUCCAUGACCUCUAUUCCCACAUGUAUGCCUUUCUCCUGGUUUGGGGACCGAGAUAGGGACAAGGAGCCUUCGUCCACCAGCAGCAGCCUACCAUACGUAGCCACUGAGACCAGCAGUGAGCAGAGCCAGGACCGCAAGAACAAAACAAAUCUCUCCUGGUCCUCUUUAUUCAGUCGCUCGUUAGAUUUGAGUUUGUCAGUCAUAGAUGAUUCGAACCUUGGCAGCCCCAGUUCAGACAUCUCAGGCUUAGUUGCAGAGCCCAAUCUGCCUGGGCGCUCACAUACUUUAGUCUUCUCGUCCAAUGAGGACCUGGAUGACGAGCCAGUGCCCACGGGGAAGGAAUAUCAAUGGCAGAACCGCCCUGUCUCCGAGUGGACCAAUCAGCAAGUCUGUCACUGGUUGAUGGGCAUGAACAUGGACCAAUACACGCCCGAGUUCACCGCCAAGGGUGUGGAUGGCCAUCAGCUCAUGCACCUGGACAGUGACAAGUUGAAGGCUCUAGGUGUGUCCAGCCAAAGUGACCGGGCCACUAUCAAGAAGAAGCUGAAGGACAUGAGGAAGGCCCAGGAGAAGAUGGAGAAACAGAGGGAGAAAAGGGAGAAGGAAUCACGGCGCAGCGGGAGACUGCCUCCCAACACUGACUCUGUCUGCUGAACUGCCCCAGAGGUGACCCACUCUCUCUCUGAACAUAACCCAACACAUUCUCCCUCAAGUGAGGCAGGACAUUCAACGACCCUUGUAUCUGUUCUGUUUCACAUAUAGGUCUACGUAAGUGCCAUCCACCUCAGUUCACUGCAGUUACUAAGAGAGCACUAAAGCAGUCACUCAUCAUGUGAGUUUAUAAUGACCAGUAACAAUAAUGUUAGCACACCAGUGUUGAUUUACCAUGCCAAUUGGAAGAAUCAUCUGAAAAUAGCCCGAUUUGUCGUUGGCAAUUGAUACUUUUCCUAGUUUCCUAGUCUUGGGUUAUUCACAAGAACACACGAGCUGGCUCUGCUUUAUAAUCAAAUCAAACACGCUGACAGUCCUGUCGCCAGCAGUAUCUGUGUCACAUCAUUGUGGUAGAUUGGGGGGGGGGUGAAAGUGAUACUGUAAUGACAAGUGUUGGGGACAUGACCAAAGGCAAAACCCAACAUGUUUUUUUUUACCUUUAUAAAGCUAUAGGAGCAGUCAUUUUAUCCCUUUUUGAGUUUCCAGAUAUGUAGUUGCAGGAUUUGUGUACAUUUACCCAUACAACAAGUGGAAUGAGUUCAGUACUGCUUUUUACAUGUUUUAUAGUGUAUUUUUGCUAGCGUAACUUUCCUGUAGCCAUGUACAGAUAUUUUGUUGCAGGAACUUUGUACAGUUGAGAUAAAAGUACUAUACAAUCUUUUAAGCUUAAGGGUGACAAGGUUUUAGGUGUAUAAAUUAACGUUUCUACAUAUCAAUUAACUGCAUAACCUUUUUUUUUAAAUCAAAUUAUUAAAGGUUCAUCAUUUUAUAAUACUUUUUCUACUAAGUAGAAUAGCCACUAGGAUGAAAACAUCUUUGCUAAAGGCAAAAGAAUCAAGUAACGACAACGUAAAUGCUGUUUAUAUAUAUAUAACCCGUUCCCAACUGUGCCUGUUUUGAGAACGGAUGUACUACUCCGUGGUCCUAUUGAGCCGGAGAAUUUGACGUGUUGCUGAAAUGGUACCAAGACAUGCAAUAUUAUUCUACAGUGCAUGCACUCCUUGCUGACAGGUUGUGGGGUCCAUGAGAACACGAGGUGUGUGUGUGCCUAUGACAGUAAAUCUGUUGAAUAGCUUGCGGUCUUGUCAACAUGAAUGAUGGGUGCAUGUUAAGCAGCAUAAAAUAAACAAAUUCUCACAUCAGA